GUGGCUGUCGCGUCACCAACUCACCUCUGCUGCCCUUGAUCCACAUGACAUUAAAUGCUGAUUGUGGCCCACAUGGUGAUACGGGCGGAAGUGUCUGGCGUGGCCCAUAGGCUUGCCCACGCGUUAUAUUUGUCAUGCUGGUAUUGACAGGAAGCUAUUCUCUUAAAACUAUGGCAUGCUAUGGAAUUAAAUAGACCAAGCAAGCACAAGCAGGUGAACAAACACAACCUGGUGAACUGGUAUAAGGGCAGUGAGUGAGACGGAGUGAGCAAGACUUGAGCAUAUCGACAUAGCAGUUGUAAAAUAUAGGGCCGAGUAAGACGGACUGAGCAAGACAAGCAUAUAUCGACACAGCAGUUGUUCCCGGGACUGCUACACUAACUACACUAACACCAGCCGCAUCAUGACAGACUGGACGAGGCUGCAGGAGAAUCUUUCCAGAAUGGCUGAAUACACCUUAUCCUCCUUCUCCGAGUCCUGGAUUGCAAGUCUGAUUCUGAAUUUGCUGUGCUAUGCUACGGUAUUUGUCCCGGGAUAUCUUCUCAUUCGGUACUUUAAGAAAUCAAAGUACAUCGAAAGAGCAGGUUCUGGCCUAUUUUCCCGCGUGGUCACCUCCUGCGUGUUCGGCCAGAGCUAUGACAAGUUGGCCACCACAGACCCAGCACACUCCCGGCCCACGCCUCCCGAAAAGAGCUUCUCCUCCAAAUGUUUGCAGCUGAGUUUCUGCUUCCUGGGGCUGCAGGUGUCGUACCUCACCUGGGGUGUCCUGCAGGAGAAGAUCAUGACAAAGGAAUACCAGAACUCUGAGGGCAGCAUCGGCCACUUCAAAGACUCUCAGUUCCUGGUGUUUGUGAAUCGCAUCCUGGCCUUCCUGCUGGCGGCCGUGUACCUGACCUGCACCCGCCAGCCCCGCCACACCGCCCCCAUCUACAAGUACUCCUACUGCUCCUUCUCCAACAUCAUGAGCUCCUGGUGUCAGUAUGAGGCGCUCAAGUAUGUCACCUUUCCGACGCAGGUCUUGGCCAAAGCAUCAAAAAUCAUCCCCACAAUGAUAAUGGGGAAGAUAAUCGCCUCCAAAAAGUAUGAGUACUAUGAGUAUGUGACGGCCUUGUUGAUCUCCUUCGGGAUGACCAUGUUCCUUCUAGGCUCAACAGAAGCCCAUGGAACCUCCUCGAGCACAACAACCUUAUCGGGCGUCAUCAUCCUGGUGGGCUACAUGUCCUUCGAUGCCUUCACCUCAAACUGGCAGGGGGAGCUCUUCAACCAGCACAAGAUGUCGUCGGUCCAAAUGAUGUGUGGCGUCAACCUGUUCUCCUGCCUGUUCACCACCACCUCCCUCAUGCAGCAGGGCACCUUCAGCGUCUCCCUGCAGUUCAUGCUCACGUAUCCCGGGUUCUUUUGGGACAGUUUGAUCCUCUCGGUGUGUUCAGCCACCGGUCAGCUGUUCAUCUACUACACUAUAUCCGUCUUUGGUCCUGUCGUCUUCAUCAUCAUCAUGACCAUACGGCAGGGUCUGGCCAUCCUUCUGUCCUGCAUCAUCUACUCUCACCCUGUUACUCUGAUGGGCCUGCUGGGCAUCCUGCUGGUCUUCACUGCCAUCUUCCUGCGGUUAUACUGCAGCUACCGCCUCAAGCAGGUUCAGCAGAGGAGGGCGAUGAGCGACACGACCAAAGUGUAGCUUCCCGUGCUGGUUCAGACUCUGCCGUUCAUUGUUGAUUCAUGUGUAAGGUUCGUAACAGCCAGGUUAGUUUGAUUACAUGUUUAGGUUGAUUUGAGUAAUGUUCACUUUCUUUCCCUUGUUGAAUACAGAUAUUUAUCCUUCCAUAGCCUUAGACUGUUGACUAUUUGACCGAGGGUAAAGGGCAUUAUAAAAGAAGAAAGGAUUUAAUAGCCACUUUAUCCAACAAUCCAUAAUAUUACAGUCUUUCAAUAAUGUUUCUCUGGUGAGUGCCUGAGGGUGUGGUUCAAGCCUCUGUCAGUUGAUUUUACUCAGCUCAUUGCUUUCCAAACAGGCGUUAAUGGUGACACUUGAGAUCUUCCACAUCCUUUGUAAGCUUUUAUUAUAUUUGUUUACACUUUGAGUCAGACAAAAGCCCCAUUACUGGGAAAGUGCUGCUAUAGCGUCAAUACCUGUCUGUAGUUUUCAGUGUACGUACUUCCUUGUAACACACCCCUGAAUGGGCUGCUUUCUUAUAGUCAAACCAUUUUAAAUAGUUUGUUUGGGUGUUCAAUUUUGUAGGUUCUUUCCUUCCCUAUGCUUUGUCACACAGUCCCAACAUCUAUCCCUUACUCUCAUAUGUUAGCUAUGGGUAACAUACGAGAGGGAAAAAUAGGUGUUGGAACUGUGUGGCAGAGCAGAGGGGAGGAAAGGACCCGCGGAAUCAAACACCCAAACGGACUAUUUGAAAUGGUUUGACUACAGUAGCUGUUGUGACUGAAGCACAAAGCUGAGGGAGCAUUUCAAGGUUUAUAUUGGGGCUGAACUUGCCCGAGGUUGUGGAACUUGAGAUGCAAGGACGCUACACAGAGUAAGUGAAUCUAUUCAUAAUUGAUCAUGAGGAAUCUCCUUAGUUGUGCUUCUUGUUUUAAGAGAAGGCAGUUUUAGUUUAGUCAGGGUGAUUGUGGUCACCAGUACAUUGCAGUAUUUCAAAACAUGGUCGUGAGUUGCAGACUUUACCGUUCAUUUAUCUUCUCAGAGAUCAGAGGCGGUGAGGGAUCAUGUAUAUACACAUCCAUAAGUAUCACGACCUUAACCCAGCCAUAUUGGUGUUGCAGCUUUGGCUGACCACAGACCUAGAGUGAUAUUCUUUCCUUGUCCUCACCUUGAAACAGUGCUGGGAGGACUAGACAAGGAUUUCUUUCUAGCACUGACAACCAUUUCUGUAAUGAUAUGAUAGUUAUUUAUGUUGUAUCUAAUAGUGUUUCAUGGUAUUUGUAAUGAUUUACAGCAUGUAGUUGUGUACAUGCCUUUGGGGUACCAUAAUCUGGGCAUUUCCUUACGCAGGCCAGGUCUGUGAUGCCAUGGUGCUAUAGAGAUGAACUAUGCACCACUUCAUUGUCUGAUGCUUGUUGGGAAAGUCACACGAUGAGUUAUAGAGUUUGUUUUGCCAGUGUUAAGGACAAGCCACUAGAUUGUAAGGUGUCGUUGAUAUUGAUAUGAUUACAACUAUUUAUAUUUUUGAAGUGAGGCCAUGUGUGUGUGUGCGUUUGUGUGUGCAUGUUAACAGGUGAUGGUUAGCUACCUUUUUACCUCUUAAUUUAUGAAUAUAUUUAUUUUUAGACUUCGUAUCCCUUCCACUUCAGAAUUUCUUCGUACAAAAUAAAAUGCAAUUUUCUCUGUGUGCAUAAUUUUAGUGUUUUUAUUUUGGCAAUUUUCUAUUUUCUAUUUUUCUUGGAUGCUGCCUCAUUGUGAGUGAAGCACCUCAUAGAGAAAGCUUGAUUUUAUUGUACUUAAUAAAACAUUUACAAUCA